GCUGCGUGCGACAUCUUAUCCUUGUGUAUGGCAUCGGAGAAAAGAAAAAAAUGUUUAAGAAACGUAAAAACCUUAAUAUCCGUCAAAGGAGACUCAGCGAUGACGAUGCUGGAGGCGAGAGUGAUCCUGGAGGUAAUAACAGUAAUGAAGACAGCAAUUCGAACUCGGCAGCUCCGGUGAAGAAGGAGAAAAAGAAGAACAAGGAGAAGCUGGAGCCAAAGAAACAAUCGGUUCUCAGCUUUGAGGACGAACUUGAGGCUGACGAUGGCAUUGUUUUCCAAGAAAAGAAGUCAAGUCUCAGCUACAAAUUGCGUAAGGAGAUGAAGAAAGAAAGAAAAGAAAAGAGAAGGGAAGAAAAGGAGAAGCAGAGGCAAGCAGAAGGGAAAGAAAAGAGUCGAGAGAAGGACAAGAAUGGGGGGUCCACAGUAUCCGAGCUGGAUGAGCUUGGAAUAAUCAUCGUCAAUGGUCGAGAAGCUGAAGCCAUUGCAGCCAAACCUGGAGAUUCUGAUGAGGAAGACCCAGAAAUAGCUGGAAAGCACAAAUUCCGUUCCAAAAAGUCAAGGACGCCUCAGUCACUUGAUCCAUGGAAGAAAAUUUUGCAAAGUGGGCAGAUCCCAGAUGCAAAUAUGAUACAUGCCAUUCGCAAGCAGAGGCAACAAGCAAGGGAACGUGGAGAUAUGAUACCUCUUGAUGACACUGUCAGAGUUGAAGAGUCAAAGGGCCGACUUGUGCGUGAUGAUGACAACGAUCGCAGUGAUGAUGAUGAAGGAGACUCCCGCAUGGACUUCUCUGUUAAUCAACAAGCUAGGGAUCGUCAGCAGAGGAAGGAAGCAUUUGAUGCUGCUCAAGAAGGUGGUAGUGAUGAUAGUGACCAUGAAAGAGAAUGGGAGAAACAACAGUUAUUGAAAGCUGGUGCUAAUGCAAAGGUUGCAGCUGCAGGAGAUGGGGAACUAAGCCAGGAUGGAGGUGAUACUAAUGGCCUUCAGUAUAGUUCAGGAGACUCUGCAACAACACUUGGUACUCAGGAGCAGAGGCUUUGGGGUUCAGAAACGCUCAUCCCAUCUUCAGCAGCGUCUCUUCCCCGACCCACCAACUACCAGGCGGAGGGAAUCCUCAAACGCCUCCAGGACAGUCGUGCGAGCCUGGAGGAGGUGUACCGCCGCCACCAGUCUGAAGCAGAUACAAUAAUUGAUGAUUUGGUUGCCUGCAAGUCAACAAUAGCACGCUGCAAUGGGGAGCAACAACCUCUGAUCAGCAUCUUCCAGUUUUAUCAAGAUAUACGUGGGUAUGUCACUGACUUAAGAGACUGUCUGAAUGAAAAGGUACCCGAGAUAACAGCCCUAGAGGAGCAGGUUUAUGUGCUUUAUCGACAGAGAGCCCAAAAACUGGUUCAACGCAGAAGGCAAGACAUUAGAGAUCAAAACGAUGAAUUUUCACCGUUUGCAGGUAAAGGUGCAACAGCUGAUGAAUACCGAACAAGACGGGCAGCAGAACGUGAAGGCCGCAGAACACGCAGACGAAGAGAACGGGAGAAGAAAGGAGACAUAAAUCACCAUGAUGGGAUGUCAACCGAUGAUGAAGAGUCCCAGUCUGAGAUACAGAUGAUGCAGACUGAAUUAGAACAUAUAGCAGCAGAAGCAAGGAAGAUUUACGAGGAUGUAGAAGAAGAUUUUUCACAGUUAAAACGUAUAAUGGCCAGAUUUGAGGAGUGGAGAAAGAAAGAUUCCCCUACUUAUUCUGAUGCUUAUGUAUCAUAUAACUUACCAAAAAUAUUUGCUCCUUAUAUAAGAUUGCAGAUGCUAUUGUGGAAUCCUUUAAUGAAAGAUACCGAUGGUUUAGAGAUAGAAAGAAUGAAGUGGUUUAAUCUGCUGCUGCUAUAUGGAACAGAUGAUGUUACAGAUGAUGAUCCCAGAAGACUCAGGGAAGAUCCAGACCGCAAGCUCAUGUCCCAUCUGGUGGAAAAAAUUGUUCUAGUUAAACUAAAAGAAAUAAUUGGCUGUUGGUGGGAUCCCUUGUCCCAUGUGCAGACAGUGAGGCUGGUGAACUUAGUGAGACACUAUGCUGAAGCUUAUCCUAGCCUUGGCCCAAGCUCAAAACCCCUCAAGGAAAUGACUCAUGCCAUUAUUGCGAAGAUUAAGGAUGCCAUUGACAAUGAUAUAUUCAUCCCAAUGUUUCCUAAAAAUGUUUAUGACAACAAGAACUCUGGGGUAAGCUUGUUCUUCCAGCGGCAGUUUUGGCUUGCAUGGAAGCUUCUCAGCUCUACGCUUAUGUGGCACAAGGUGCUGAGUGACUCUGUAAUCCAUGACUUGGCUGUUCGCUCUCUCCUCAAUCUGUACCUACUACCAGCUCUCAACCUGGCAGCUGAGAUAAAUCCAUCCGAUGCCCUUGAUAAAUGUAGAAAUGUAAUAAAUGCAUUACCCCGUGCCUGGGUGAAGAGUGAGGGAACUCAUGCCUUCCUUGGCCGCCUUGAAGACUUCUUAGUAAAACUUGCUGAAAAACUUCAAACCGCCCACUCCCCUGCUGUGAAAGAAGUUUGUGAUCUCCUAAAAUCUAUAGGAGCACAGAGCCAAGCUGAGAAAUUGGCCUAUAAGUACCAGUAAAAGUAGUGCAAGCAUUCACUCAGUAUAUCGAAGCAUAUCCAUGAUAGCUUCUCCCACUUUGAAUAGUUUGAGGUGACAGCAUGACUGAAUUCAUAUUCAUAUUAAGCACCGUAUGAAAAUAGCAUUCUUGGUACCAUUACUUUUGUAUUUUUACUGCCAUCAUUAAUUCCUCCCCCUUCUUCUCUUAUGAGUGAUUCUGGUAUUUUAUUAUUAUUAUUACUACUACUUUGUUUUAAAUUUUAAUGUCAUGCCAUAUUCAAAUCUCCCUCUCUUCCUCACAAAAUAUUUAUUUUCUGAAAUUUUAUAUAUAUACUGUAUAUUUGAAAUGCAAAACACAUGUUUAGGUACAAAACUUUGUAUAGAAAUAUUUGAGUAAAUUACUUAUUGGAAAUUUGUUAGUAUACAAAUCCAUGAAUAAGACAGACUUGUUUGAGUAUUAUUGCUUAGAGUUUGAGGCUAUGAACAAAUGGAGAUUUUGCUCAUGUACAUUUCUCAAUCUUUUUCCCAGUGAGAUUAUUUAGAAUCUUUGCAUUACCCUCCAAAUAUUAUAUAAUUUUGUCAUUAUAUCAUGUCAGUGUGCCACAAAUGGUGUACAUAGAUUCAUUGAUCUCAGUCACAUCAAAUAUACUAAUUCACAGUGCAUCAACAUGUUUUACAAGGGGAAAAGUGGAUAUUCUG